GUGUAGUUAGGGAGUAUGCUUGUUCCCGCGUCUUUGCCUCCAAAACUUUCAAACUCAGCCCUGUUUCACUUUCGCUUCAAAUCCAGUUCCUUCUUCGCUUUCUUCACUUCAUCAACGCCAUUACUAAGAGCAGCAGUUCCUUCUUCUUUUACUCAAUUACUCAAACAAUGCAAGUCUUGUAUCAAGGCAAAACUUGUCGUCGCCGGCGUCUUUUCACCCUCAGCAGACCCCACAACAUGGUCGUCUCAGGUUGUGUUCUAUUGGAACAACCUCAUCAAACGCAGUGUUAUUCUCCGACAUCACGAGAGUGCUCUGGUCCUCUUCCGCGAAAUGCUGAGACUUGAUUGGAACCCAGAUGGCUACACAUACCCUUAUGUCCUCAAGGCAUGUGGUGAGCUUCGGUUCCUCCUUUGCGGUGAAUCUGUUCAUUCCCUGAUUCUAGCAUCUGGGUUGGACUCCAAUGUGUUUGUAUGUAAUGGUGUUAUUGCUAUGUAUGGGAAAUGUGGGAUGUUGGGUCAUGCACGGCAGGUGUUUGAUGAAACGGUUGUGAGAGAAACUGCUGAUGUUAUUUCAUGGAAUUCGAUAGUGGCGUCUUAUGUACAGAAGGAUGAGGAUAAGAAAGUUUUGGAGUUGUUUGAUUUGAUGGUUUCGUUGAAUAGUUUUGAGCUGCGUCCUGAUGCUGUUAGUUUAGUUAACGUACUUCCAGCUUGUGGUUCUUUAGGGGCGUGGAAACGAGGAAAACAACUUCAGGGUUAUGCGAUACGGAGAUGUUUGCAUGAGGACGUUUUUGUAGGAAAUGCAAUUGUGGAUAUGUAUGCGAAGUGUAAGCGUUUGGAUGAUGCUAACAAGAUUUUUGAGCUAAUGGAGGUGAAAGAUGUGGUUUCUUGGAAUGCAUUGGUCACUGGGUACUCUCAGAUUGGAAGAUUUGAUGAGGCUUUGGGACUGUUUGAGAGAAUGAGGGAAGAAAAGAUUGAUUUGAAUGUCGUAACAUGGAGUGCUGUGAUUUCAGGGUAUGCACAGAGGGAUUUAGGCUAUGAAGCACUCAAUAUCUUUAAGGAGAUGAGGCUUUCUGGGGAAGAGCCAAACGUGAUCACUCUUGUUUCUGUGCUUUCAGGUUGUGCUGCUAUUGGAGCACUGCGCCAAGGGAAGGAAACUCAUUGCUAUGCCAUUAAACAAAUGUUGAGUUUGGAAGGCAGCAAUACUGAGGAGGAUCUCAUGGUGACUAAUGCUCUGAUUGACAUGUAUGCAAAGUGCAAGGAGAUGAAAAUUGCUCAGGCCAUGUUUGAUGAUAUUGACAGGAGAGAUAGGAAUGUUGUAACAUGGACAGUCAUGAUUGGUGGAUAUGCCCAGCAUGGUGAUGCAAAUGAUGCUUUAGAACUUUUUUCAGCCAUGCUGAAGGAUGAGUACUCUGUAAUCCCAAAUGCAUAUACUAUAUCUUGUGCUCUGGUGGCUUGCGCUCGUCUGUCUAGUCUUAGGAUUGGUAGGCAAAUUCAUGCAUAUGUGUUACGACAAGGGUAUGAACCUACUAUAGUCUUUGUGGCUAACUGUCUCAUUGACAUGUAUUCCAAAUCUGGAGAUGUUGAUGCAGCUAGACUUGUGUUUGAUAACAUGAGCCAGAGGAAUACUGUCUCAUGGACAUCCCUGAUGACUGGCUAUGGAAUGCAUGGUCGAGGGGAGGAGGCUCUCCAAGUGUUUAACGUAAUGAGAGGAGAAGGUCUGCCCAUAGAUGGUGUAACUUUUCUUGUUGUGCUAUAUGCUUGUAGCCACUCUGGAAUGGUUGACGAGGGUAUGAAUUACUUCAACCAUAUGAAGGGGGAUUUUGGAGUUAUUCCUGGGGCUGAACACUACGCUUGCAUGAUUGAUAUUUUGGGUCGUGCUGGUCGACUGGAUGAAGCUAUGAAGCUCAUUGAACGCAUGCCAAUGGAACCUACCUCAGUAGUAUGGGUUGCACUGCUUAGUGCUUGUAGAGUCCAUAAAAAUGUGGAUCUUGCGGAGCAUGCUGCUGCAAAGCUGUCAGAAUUGGAAUCUGAGAAUGAUGGGACUUAUACACUUCUUUCAAAUAUAUAUGCUAAUGCCAAACGUUGGAAAGAUGUGGCCCGGAUUAGAUCUCUUAUGAAACAUUCUGGCAUAAGGAAGAGACCUGGAUGUAGUUGGGUUCAAGGAAAGAAGGAGACUGUUACAUUUUUUGUCGGGGACAGAUGUCAUCCAAUGUCUGAAAAGAUAUAUGAUCUCCUAGAGGACCUGAUUCACCGUAUCAAAGCAAUGGGCUAUGUUCCGGAGACAAGUUUUGCGCUUCAUGAUGUAGAUGAUGAGGAGAAAGGUGAUCUUCUUAUUGAACAUAGUGAAAAGUUGGCCCUUGCUUAUGGCAUUCUCACAUCAGCUCCUGGAGUGCCUAUUAGAAUAACCAAGAACCUGCGAGUUUGUGGAGACUGUCAUACUGCAAUGACAUACAUCUCCAAAAUCAUUGAACAUGAAAUUAUAUUGAGGGACUCAAGUCGCUUUCAUCAUAUCAAGAAUGGAUCUUGCUCUUGUAGAGGGUUUUGGUAGAAAGUUUUGUUCUUGUGGAACAUUUGGAUGGUAUA